AAUCGAAUAGCAGGACCUCACAGUUACUUUUUGUGAAGCAAUUAACAUCGAAUGCAAGUGUGACAGUAAUCUAUAGGUAUAAUUCAGACCGUUACAACAAAAAUCCAGCGUUGAUUUCUUUCAUGAGAGAUGUGUAAUGAACUUCUUGAUGACCAUUUCGUGAAACGGGUUUUAGAAGACUUGAUGGUGCAGAACGCCUCGUGAUCGUGACUGGUCUUUUCGCCCUGGGAAGGAGUUUUAUGAAACAUCUUCAAUACAUCUCGUCUUUGGAAUGUAAUUUCCCCUCCCAUGGAUCAUAUUGUAGCGGAAGAUCUUGAGGAUAUUCUUAAAGAAACGAAAGAAAUCAGUGGCAGCGUCGAAAAGCUGGUCAGAGGGCGCUGGUGUGCGCGAUGGAUCACUGUACGAGUCAGCUUAGCGAGCAUUCAUUACUACCUGAGCGAGAAUGACCAGGAGAAUGGCAAGGUGAGAGGCAUCUACCCACUGACAGGUGUGAGAGUGGAAGAAGACAAUCGAGAGGAAAAUGUCUAUUAUGAAUUCAUCAUUUUCCUCACAACUUCUAAGAAGAUUCGAUUUCGCACUGCUAUCAAAAAGCAGUCUCGGGCGUGGUGUAUGAUUAUCAGUCAUCUGGCAACGCAACGCUCCGUGAAGCAGGAGCAUCCUCUGGAGGCUACGUUAUCCUUGAAAUCACGAACAAGCUGGUCCUCGAUAACGGCGAAAUUGGAAGUUGACUCGAAUAAGUUAUACUUGAGGAAAGGAGAUUGGCAGAACGUCAGAUACAAACAAGACGAGGCAUACUGUCUGGAGAACGCCACGGUACGGCCCCUGAAGAGUUACGGGAAGACCUUCGACUUCGAAGUUUCUCUGUCGUCGCCACAGAAGAAGGCCGUAGAACUGCGGUUCCGGGCCCCAUCCGAAGCUGACAGGACGAUGUGGUGCCAGGCUCUGAAGAGGGCACUCGAUGCCCAAGGCGGGCGCCAGCAGAUGACUCCAAGGAUUGGAAGCAAGGAAGGACAGAUUUUCGUGAGAGAGAUCCUGGAGGAGGUUCCAGGGGGAAAAUCCAUGAGGGAAGUCGUGCUGGAAGGAAUCCAGGUAUUCAGUCCAAAGGUUCUGAACCGUGUCAAGUACUUCCUGCAGCCGCAUCCUAUCAUACAUAUAGGAGAGGUCAGCAAGGUCUACCACACCACCCUAAACUUCGUGACUGUGGCCCUGAUGAACGCUGGAUUCACUCCAGCGCCCCAGGACACCUCGGCCAACCUAGUCUUCGAAAUGAAGACGGUGCCUUCGACGUCAGUCUGUAGCAGGCCAACCAUUGAGGACAUCGUCAAGGUCCUUUGGCCGACUGGAUUCUUCUCCUCACCAAGUCGAUCCCCGUUUCCAGGUCCUGGGACCUUUUUUCAGACCUUGCAGAAAGACAAGGACUGACUGACCCCUUGAGGGAUGCCGCUUCAAGUGUGACUUGUACGUAGAUGGCAGUGGUGUUUUUUUUUUUUUUUUUUUUUUUUGCAGCGUUUCUUCUGCUUUGUUUGCUACUUUUUUGUAAGAAAGUUAAUCAGCGGUUUCCCUUUUCUGUUUUAUAAUAAAUACUUCAAGGAAA